GCCGGGUGACGUGAUAUCAAGCUGUCAAGGUGAAGGUGAACGUCCGACGACUGACCGCGCCACGGUUUUGCGGUGUAUGAAAUUUCUUCUACUCAUUUCACUGGAUCGGAGGUAAACACAGACAAAAAUGGGUUUCAUAUUCAGUUUUAUAAAAAAAAUUAUAAAACUUGUUUUGUUUUUGGCUAUAUUUGUUGGAAUCAUUGUUUUGAUACCCAAUUUACCACCAUACACCAAGUUUACAAGUAUUGAGCUUGCACCUACUCAGCCUAGAGUUGGUCCUCUAGCACCCAAUGAGGCUUUAAAUAACGCUCAAAGAAUACAUGUGGAUAAAGUUCUAGGGCCAGAAGCCUUCCAAGUAGCAAAUGGGGAAUUAUUCACUAGUCUGGCAAGUGGAGAGAUAGUCAAGCUGUCUCCUGGUGGUCAUGUCACUUUUGUGACCAAAGUAGGACAACCAUGCACUGGAUUGUCUCAAGAACACAUUUGCGGAAGACCACUUGGAUUUCAAAUUGAUGCUAACAAAAAUAUAUUAUAUCUUGUUGAUGCAUAUCAUGGUAUUUGGAAGACCGAUCUUAAGACUGACAAGAAGCAACUUUUGGUCUCUCCUCGAGUUGCAAUUGAUGGCCGUGUACCCAGAUUAUUCAACCAUAUUGCACUGGCCAAAAAUGGAGACUUCUACUGGACUGACUCUAGCAGUGACUUUAGCAUAAAAGAUGGUGCCAUAUCUUUGCUUACUGAUCCAUCUGGGAGACUUUUCUACUACAACGCAGCCAAGAAUGAAAGUAAAGUACUCCUCGACAACCUUUGGUUCGCCAACGGCGUGGCCAUAUCCCCCAACAACCAGUUUGUGGUCGUAGCGGAGACCAACAGAUACAGGCUUAUGAAGUACUACAUUGACGGCCCUAAGAAAGGAAAGAGUGAAGUUUUUGUUGAUGGCUUGCCAGGUGUUCCGGACAACGUGCGCGCGCUCCCUGACGGCUCCGGUGUCCUGGUGGGCCUGUACUCGGUGUUCGACGACGAGCACCCCCUACUUACGCGGUCCAUGUCGGAGGCCCCCGUCGCUAGGAAGUUCCUGGCGCGCCUGCAGACCCUGAUCGAACUGCCGUUCGCUUAUCUCAACACUGUGUAUCCGCACUUUUUGUUCGACGAUGUAGAGUAUUUCGUCGGCAACUUCAAGAGCGUGUCCGGCAUUGUGCCUCCAAUGGCCGGUUUAGUACAAAUAGACUGGAACGGAAAAAUCGUCGCAUCCUACUUCAACACCGACAAAAGCUUAGGCCAAAUCAGCGACGCGAUUGUCUACAACAACAAACUGUAUAUAGGCAGUCCUCAUGCGAAUUACAUUGGUGUCGUACCUGUCCCGCCACUGCUGCAGAAGGCCUUCGCUUUAACGGCUAAACCCAAAGUAGAAGAGAAGAAAGAAGCCCCGAAAGUGGCUAAACCAGUAGAGGCUCCAAAACCGACAACCACUACCACACCUAAACCUACAACGACUACGCCAAAACCUACUACUACUACGCCUAAACCUACUACCACUACUACUCCUCCUAAACCUACUACUACUCCUCCUAAACCUACUACUACUACUACUCCCAAACCGACGCCCGCACCAGCCAAGCCCGCUUCGGCGAAACAAGAAGCUAAACCCAAUCAACCUGAAGUAAAAACGAAUACACCCAAACCGGCAACUCAAAAGCCUGUUGAAACGAAACCUACUCCAAAACCAGCUGAGAACAAAGCUAAAAAGGAGAAGAGUGGAUCUCCUAAAAUUCCUCAUGAAAAAUCUACGCCUGAACAGAUCCCUAUCCAAGAGGAGAUACCUUCGGACACGGCCAAGCCCAAUAAGGAAACAUUAAAAGUGAUAAAAAAGGGCGGCCCGACAGAGAUUCCUAACCCUCAUUUGUAAGUAGUUUUAAAAAGGAGGUUAGUAAUUUAACUUAAAAUGUCCACCCGGUUACUUAUCAGAGCUUGUAAGUAAAACGUGUGAACGUGGUUGUGGUCCGAGAAAGUUGAAAUUACACUUUCACGAGUCCUUGUGUACAAAUUCGAUCAAAAAUUUUAACAAUCAAAAGUAUGGGGGCUCGAUUUAUUCAGUAUAAUAUCAUUCCAAAUAAUCUUUUAAGAUACCGUAAAAUGGUCCUCCCUACUUAUCAUAUUUGCUCCACUAGUAAAUUUUGAAUAUUUUUAAACAGUUCAUUAUUUAAUAUUCAGACGAAUUAAAUAUUAAGAAGAACAUCUUAUGUAAAGUAUUUUAUCGGUAAAUCAACUUUAUGAAAUGUUGUUUUACAUAAAACGAAGUUGUGAAUAAGGAGCACAAGAUAUCCAUUGUUUGGGGUAUUUUUGCUCCUACCUAUAGUUUCCUUAGGGGUGCAAAGUUACCCCAUUGUGCGCCAAAUUAAUAGGCCCUGCCAAAAAAAAAUAUGACUAACGUAGCAAUACUACAUUGUUGUCAAGGGAUGGAAAGAAAGGGCAUUUUCUGACGAGGUACCUAGAUGCCAGACCGAGGCUUGGCAAGGCCUAUCAAAAAGGUCCGAGUCAGAAAAUGCCUGUUUCCACCGAGGUGUACAUAGUGCUUUUCUCAAACAUGUAAGGAAAUACUGAAAUAUAUAAUAUAUUUAGCGAAUGUGGCAUACGUUAUGUACACGUUCGUUCCGCGUAGUUGCGCGCACCGCGCCCCCGGUACUGCACCGCGCGCCCGGCGCCCAGCGGACAAAAAUGGAAUUUGUAUCGGUUACUUGUUAUUUUACUACUAGGAGUAAAAUGAAUCAUACGAAUUCCAUUUUUGUCCGCUUCGUCCGCGCCGGGCGCGCGGCGGCCGUGCGUCGUCGUCGCUGGGGUCAAAAUUAGGCUCUUUGCGUUUUCGAUUUACGAAAAAAAUGCGACCGUUUCUGAGCAUGGUUGAGAAAAAUAUAUAUACAAUUUCGUUAUAAUUAUAAAUAAUAAUAUAGAAAUAUUGUUUGAAUAUAAUAGACGUCAAGGCCUUUCUUAGGGUUCCGCAUCCAAAGGGUAAAAACGGGACCCUAUUACUAAGAAUCCAGGCUGUAUCUCAUGAACCGUGGUAGCUAGACAGUUGAAAUUUUCACAGAUGAUGUAUUUCUGUUGCCGCUAUAACAACAAAUACUAAAACCAGAAUAAAAUAAAUAUUUCAGUGGGGCUCCCAUACAACAAACGUGAUUUUUUUUGCCGUUUUUUGCGUAAUGAUACGGAACCCUACGUGCGCACUUGGCCGGUUUUUUUUAAUUGGAGCAUAUAGUACCCACCAAGGAGCAAGGUAGGACCAUUUUACGGUAAUAGUAUUCUUUUUAGACUGAAGUUUUACCUUGUCCAUUCCUUUAUUUUAAUGAUAUUUAGUAUAGUAUUUUUAUUUUAUUUCCUUUAUUGGCAUAGAUACAAAUUAUUAUUAUUGUUGUUGUUUUUGGUGGAACGUGUUUUAUCGAAAAAAAUCGAUAAAAAAUUAUUUAUAUUGUGAUCUUCUUAGAAGAUUUAUUUGUUAGAGUUGGUAUACAUAUGUAUGGGAUGGUAAUAAUUAUUGUAUUAGCACCAGUUUUUGUACACUGUUAUCACUUCACAUUUGAAUGCUUUGGAAUUUAUUAUGGAGUAAUGAGUAUUUUAAUUAUUUUUUAAGAGUUCAUCGUAUAUCUUAAUAGCGUUUCUUUUAAAUUUAACUUUCAGUGUACCUUUUUAGUAUUGAUUCAAACAGGGGUUUUAUUUUCUUAUUACAGCUAUUUAAAUCUUUUUCAUCUUAAACUUAAUGCCAUAGUUUCAAUUAUAAUUUCUAACGCUACGAUUUAUCAGUCAGUUACCAGUAAACCAACAGUGCAAUAAGUACCUAUACAAUAGAUGUAUGUUUUUGUCAUAACUUGCGUUACAACCAGAGUCAUUUAUUAGUUGCAUACGUAAUGAUUACUGUUAUUAGUUUUUGUUGAGCAGUUAACAUUUUUUAUUUAUUCCUCGCAAUUUUUGUAAUUUUUAGAAAGGGAAACAAAAAUUAGAAUUUCUAAAUUACCGUUAUACCUUUUGCGUAUAAAAGACUGAAUUGUUCAGUUCAAAAUAUCUGACAUGUGUAUCUCAAGAUUUUGUAAUGAAGCAAUAUGUAUACUUAAGUACCUAAUAAAUAUGUUUUUAUUAA